CGACCUUCGUCUCAUUAAACACAAUAACCAACCAACCGACCUUGGCACCUCCGCGUGUCAGGUACGUCGAGAGAGGCACACCAAGCCAUAGGAAGGCAUAUCUAUCCACCACAUUCAUAGAUCCUUGCGCGUGUGUGCUGGUGCAGCAUCACACCUUUGGCUGCCCCAUUUUGGCUGUGCCUCAUCGGCCCGUCUGUCGGCCAUGUCGGAGAUGAUUGACGAGGCGACUGGCCGCUACAGCGAGUACAAGGCCGUCAACGAGUUUCACAAGCAGGUGGCACGUGCCGGUGAACAACUCAGGAAUCUGCGCGAAAGCAUCAAGAAGACCGAGAAGGACAUCCACGAAGCCAGGGAGAAGCAUGCUGCGUCCGAUCCAUCAGCUUCUUCGCCUGAUGAUGUUCUGCUUCUCAAUGUGGGCGGCACUGAGAUGAGUGUCAAGCGCAAGCACAUGACGGAGGGAGUAGGGGUGGAGGGCACGCUGCUGGCAGCACUCUUCGCGGGCUGCUGGGACAGCCGAUUCAUCAAGAUCAACGACAAUGGCAAGACGACCAAGGAAGCUCCAGUAAGAGCCUGGGAGGGCUGAUUGGCUUGUGGCCAUGAGUUCGUGUAUCUUUGUGUGUGUGGUAGAUUUUCGUUGAUAUCGAUACUGGUCCGUUUAAGUUCAUCCACAGGGCCAUAUUGGACGCGGCGACGAUCCGGAGCGCCACCGUCCGGACGGCUAACACGCAGGCCUCCGUCAGCCACCUGCUCGAAGACGCCAGAAGACGCAACUUCACUGGUGAGUGGGCAAAGUGAGAGGGAGAGGUUUUCUUGUUCGUUUGUCCAUCUCUCUCUCUCUCUCACUCUCUCUCUGUGCUGGGUGUGUGCCAACAGGGCUUCACGAUUUCUGGAUCAAGAAGAUGCUGUCACCAAUCGACUCGGCUGCUGCAGGAACCACUGGUGACGUCACUAAUCCACGGCUGUCGGCCACUGGCACCCCCGAUGAGCUGAAUGACUUCGUCAAGGCGGCCGAUGCCUUCGUCAAGGCGUUCGCCGCUGAGAAGGCCCGGCUGGAGGGCGAGCUGGUGGCUGCCAAGCGACGAUAUGAUAAUCUCGACAACGAAAUCAAGGUGACUGACGAUUAGAAAGCAGCGGCAAGAGGAGGAGCCACGUAUACCUCCGAUGCUCUGCCUGCCUAUGUGUCUGUGUGUGUGCAUCAGGCCGUCACACCGUUUCUGCGACCUGUGAAUGGCGAAGAUCCGAUCCGCUCCGUGAAGGUCUGUGGAGAGAGCAUCGGCACCACACAGUCCACCGUCGACGAAAUGCCUGACAAACUUCGGAACCGCUUUGACAUGUAAGCGCCCAGCAGACACCCAAUACACGACGGUCCACCAGUGUUUUGGCUGUGGUGUGUAGGUGGUCGCGACCAGUGGAGGACGUUCAGCCCGACCACAUCAGCCGCAUGGUCGAUCACUUCCGUCGCAAACGGGUCGGCGCGUCGGCGGCCGACAUGGCUGUGGUGCUCACGAUGGCCGAUGCCACAGAGCAAGAUGCGUUUGAUAUCAAUGCGUUUAUGUAUGGCCUCACCGACGAGAGCCCCAAAGCCAGCAAAGCACAUCAGACAUUGUGAGUAGGACGAGGAAGCACAGGCACUCAUGUGAUGAUUGUGUGCACUGUUGAUCGUUCAGCGGUGGCCUCGGGCAAGUGCCAUCCAUGCAGCAGCGACAGUAAGACACCAACAACACACUGCACUCGUGUCUUCACUCACUGUGUUGUCUGUCACUGCUCAGUUUUGGCUUCGCGCAGAUGUCGAAUGGAGUGCAGUACAAAAUCGUGCAGCAGGGCAGUGGGCCCAAACCGACACGUGACCAGUGCGUCAAGGUCGACUACAUGGGGUGGAGUGACGACUUCGACGGACAAGACAAGACAUUUGGUCGCCGUGGGCUGGAGUGUCGUGUGUCUACCUUUGUUGCUGAGUGGCUCCAGGAGGUCUUCACUGACAUGCGUGUGGGUGAGGUGCGGCGGGUCAUCCUGCCGGCCAGACUCAGCAAGAAAGAGGAGGAGGUUUUCAUCGAGUGCAGGCUCUUGGCCAUCCUGUGAGCACUGUCUCCUGGUGUGCUCCGUGUGCGUCUGUGGCGGUGAGGCACCAUCCAUCCAGCUGUCAUUUCGGAUUUUUGUAGCCAGCUGCUUGGUCGUGUCUAUGGUGGUAUGGGGUGUGCGCGCCUUGGCUGCUGCGUACAUCCACACACACUUCCAUAAUCCAUGCAUCAGUCCAUUGGGUGUGGUGUAGUCGCUUUAUCUUUCGGCGACCGAUGGAGGUAAUGUGAUGUGAUGUGUCGCUACAAUGACUGAGAGGCCGGCUGGUUCGGUCAUCCAGCAGUACUGUCUAUGUAUCUGUCGGUGAGUUGCGGUUUAUUUUAUUGAGUGCGUGUGUGCACAGUGGGGAGAUGCAUGGCGAGGAUUUCGAUGGUUUCAAUCAAUCGAUGAACGGGUGCGUCACACCACACUGACGGGUCAGUCAGCCGAAGACCAUGCAUACAUCGAGACAGCUAAACAUCCUGUGAGUCAGAGUCACUCUGAGGCCUGGCUACUAGAUGGGCUACUAGAUGCAGCUGGCUGUUUUUUCUUGACUGACCUCUUCGUGUUGUUAGCUGACUUUCACUUUCUCAAUGCUGCGCGCCUCUCAUGGGUCAGGCGCUUCCUCAGUGUGUGGUUAGUACGAACAUCAGACAGACCCACCAAGUCUCUAUAUUCUCGUGAGACCCAAUAUACAACAUCAACACACC